AUGGCCGCAGCAUUGGUUGAGUUUGAUGCUGCGGAAGUCUCGUGGAGAGAAGAAGUGACGCUAGCAGCAGUUGCUUCAGAUUCAGCAACAGUGGAUAAGUCGGAUACCAGGGAAGUCAAAGACUCGACAACCGAGCUUGCAGCAACGUUGGUGUUUCCAACUAGAGAGAUACUGGAGGAUUCAGACAUUUUGAUGAAGAAAUAUUACAACACUCAUGAGGGAUAUCUGAUCUUUAUAAAUACUUUGAUCUCAAUCCCUAGAUCGCAAUCAGUCUUAUGCAUUUUGGAUCACGGGGACAUGGUAAUUGUAUCAAGAUGGAAUAAUUGCCCGAUUGGGAUAAAUGUAAGCUUUGCUUUGCUAUUUUGA